GUGAGAGGAGGAGUGAAAAGACAGGAUAGGAGAGGAACGUGAGAAAGGAGAGUGAGAGAAGGAUUGCAAGGUGGACAUGGGUCUGUGUACUCUGCUGUUGAUUUGUCUCUCGCAGACAGAGCUGACCAGAGUGUGGGCUCAGGAGCAGACAGGUAUAAUUCAUGGGCAUUCUGCAAAGACUGAUGGAGGCCCAUCAGACAUCCAGAGAACAAGAAGAGACCAGCAAGAUAACAGCAGACGCAUUCAGAACAGAAAUGGACAAGAGCCGAUCAAUGGGCUGUCCAUUGAUAUGCUCCCUGACAACAUGACACAAGUGGUUGAGGACUCUCAGAGGUACUACUCCUGGCACAGUUUUGGUCCUGGUGACAAACGUACACAGGAACUCUGGGUGAAUCUUGAUUCAGUGCAUCAAGGACCUGUAAGAGUGCACACUAUCCUGUCUAACACACACCGACAGGCAUCGCGGGUGGCACUAACCUUUAACUUCCCUUUCUAUGGACACCAAGUGAGACAAAUCACCAUAGCAACUGGAGGGUUUAUUUUCACUGGAGAGAUAACACACCGCAUGCUGACAGCGACGCAGUAUAUUGCUCCACUCAUGGCAAACUUCGACCCGAGUUUUUCUAAAAACUCCACUGUACGGUAUCUGGACAAUGGUGACAUAUUUGUGGUACAGUGGGACAAAGUGAGGCUGAAGGAUCGAGAGACUGAAGGAGCUUUCACCUUCCAGACGGUUCUCUAUGGUAACGGGACCAUUGUCUUCAGCUACAAAGACGUUCCUUUGCCUGUGGAGAAAAUCAACUCCACUGAGCAUCCAGUAAAAGUGGGACUGUCUGAUGCCUUCAUGGCUCUUCUGUCUUCUUUACAGUCUCCAGAUGCUAAACGACAGACUAUUUAUGAAUAUCACCGGGUUGAGGUUGACACAACAAAGAUUGUCAAUAACUCUGCAUUUGAGUUCAGUCCUUUACCAACCUGCCUCCAGCACACUACCUGCGAACAAUGUCUCCAGUCCAACCUAACAUCAGGCUGUGGGUGGUGCAAUAUUCUAAAAAGAUGUUCAGAUGGAAUAGACCGAUACAGGCAAGAAUGGCUGGACUACAGGUGCUCGCAGGAGGCAAAAGGCACAUGUGACGAUUAUUCUCAGGGAGGCCCAGAGAGUUCAAUCAGCCCUUUUAGUUCUCCACUGCCAUCGACGACUCCUUCCCCUGCAGCUCAACCCGCCAGUCCUGUGACUGAAGAUGACACCAAACUUCUCUUUCACCAUCAUGGCAAUGGUGAGGAAGAGGCACCAGAACACACAGCCAUCAUUGCAGGUGUAAUCACAGCUCUGGUUCUACUGGUGUUCUUGACCCUCUUGGCUGUUUACUACAUUAACACACAUCCAACUGUUGCUCCUCCUUUUUACCUCAUGCAGCGUCGCACCAAUAACUAUUGGCCUUCCAUGAAGUUUCGGAAUCAAGGAUGCCAUUCCAGCUAUGCUGAGGUUGAUCUUGGGGGUUAUGAGAAAGAGGGCUUCAUUGAGGCAGAACAGUGCUGAGGAGGCAUGGGCUAAAAAAAAAGAGAUUUUUUUUUUUCUUGAGUGAUUUUAGGAACAAGACAAAGGUGCAAUGAAAGGCUAUCAUUGUUAAUGGAUCACUUGAGACUGUAAUUAAAGUUUUGUGAGCUAUUCUGUCUCCCUACAGUUGUCAGCCACACUGCAGCAUCUUUUAUGCUGUUUGUUUAUGGUAAAAGAAGUUUAAUUUGUUCUAAGAAGUAGUAAUUGUAAAGAAAAUGUGAUUGUGACCAGCAAAUCUGCUAACUUCACUCUGUGAGGUUGGAAGGUGUGUUAGCUAAAAUUAUUGAAAGUUAAUGUGCAGCAUAUCUUUAAAGAUUUUUAUUAUUAUUA